AUGGCGUGUCCCCUGGAGCAGGCGCUGGCCGUGAUCGUUGCCACCUUCCACAAGUACUCGGGGAAGGAAGGGGACAAGUACAAGCUCAGCAAAGCGGAGCUGAAGGAGCUGCUGAACAAGGAGCUGCCCAUCUUCGGGAGCAAACAAAUGGACGAAGCGGAGUUCAAGAGGCUCACGAACGACCUGGACCACGACAAGGACAGCGAGGUGGACUUUAAGGAGUACAUCUGCUUCCUGGCCUGCAUCACCAUGGCCUUCAAUGAGUUCUUCAAGGACAGCCCCUCCAAGCAGCCCCGCAAGAAGUGA